AUAAUUUCGUUAUGUUUGGUACGUAACCGCAAGUACGUUAAUUUAUCAGUUGAGUCGCCUUUUUUGAUCACGACCAUUGAUGUUGCGAUUAGCUGCUGAACUAAUCCAGCGUACCGAACAGACAUUGAAUUAUCCAAGUUGGAUUUGACCGGAAUGCCUGCAAAAUGAUAUAUUAUGAACAAAUUCCAGUCUAAAGUUUAAAAGAACUUCGAAUUCAAAAGUUGACAGAUUGAAUAUAUUUGUUGCACAAUAAAAGUUUUUGACGUUGGUAUAAAAAAAUUUACAUCCGUGCUAAACAAAAUUAUGCCAAGAAACGUAGAGAUCAAAGCGCGCGUCGAGGACUUGGAAGUUGUCAUACAACGCAUUUUAGCAUUAAGGUCGAAUGCUAAAUACGAUGUCCGACCAGAUUCCUCGAUCAUUGAACAAGAAGACUCGUUUUUCAAUUUACCGACCGGUAAAUGUGGCAAAUUGAAACUCAGAAAAAUGGGUCGACUUCAAGAGUUAAUUUAUUAUGACCGAGAAGAAAGCUCUGGACCAAAGUUAAGUACUUAUAGUAAAUGUGAAGUAAACGAAGAUGUAGAAAAAGUACUUAAAAAUGCUUUAGGUACAUGGGGAAUUGUGAAAAAAGAAAGAAAAUUAAUAAUGGUUGGCCAAACAAGAGUACAUUUUGAUAGUGUUGAUGGUCUUGGGGAUUUUGUAGAAUUAGAAGUAGUUUUAAAUGAUAGCCAAACAGUUGAGGACGGACAAUCAAUUGCAAAAGACCUGAUGUCUCAUAUGGGAGUCGAAGAAAAGGACUUGAUAUCUGUAUCAUAUGUUAACAUGCUUGUAAAUAAAUAAUAAAUAGAAAAUAAUUCUACAAUGCCCAAAAAUC